AUGUUUUUGCGUUUUGUGUUGUUUGUGAUCGCAUUGCUUGUGAGUAUUGGCUGUGUUUCUGUAACGGCAGCUGAAGGUGGUGACCCUUCUGCUCUUGCUACCCCUUCUAAAACUGAUUCGGAUACUUGUCCUCCAGAUUCUUCUGAUGGUCCUCAGUGUCCUCCUAAAGGUGAUAAAGGUGAAGAUACUCCUAAAAAUUGUGAGGGUGUUCCUGAGGGUGGUCAAUGCCCUAACAGUGAAAAAGGAAAUCAACACCAAGUGAAUGAAGAGAGAAAAUUACAACUGGCUUCUUCUGCUCUUGAAUCCAAUGGUCUUGGAUUAAAUAAUGGAAAUUCGCGAAAUGAUCCAAAUGUAGUGCGGGCAGAAGAAGAAGGUGAGGAUUUAGACACUGAUGAUCUCAAGAGUCAAGAAAAUGAUCUACUUGAUAGAGAAAAAAAAACCCUAACUCCAGUGGAGAAUCCACAUAGGGAAACUACUCAAUCAGAAGCUCAUGUACAGGCCCAAGCGCAGCAAAUCACACAACAAGGAAUCCCUGCUUCUCCUCAAACGCAAGAGAUCAGCACAGUGGUCAGCAAUCCUACGAACACAAGAACACAAGAGACUCCAGGGAAUGAUAAUACUCUUAAUACGGAAUCCACACCUCAAACAAAUCCACAACCACAAGAAAAAAAUGAAUUGCAAUCAUCUGGCAUUGCUAGUGCUGAGACUCCUGCAUCACCUUCACCAGCGGAAACUGAAAACACAAAUGCAUCUGAUAAUACAAAUAGUGGGAGUGCCAGUACACCUGCAGUGGGUGAAUCAACAAAUAACAUAGCUACAACCACCACCACCACCACUACAACAACUACAACAACAACAACAAUUCCUCCUGAACUCACAAACAACAAGAAGGGUGAUGCAGACAGCAGCAGCAGUAUCAUCAGUUCUGUGUGGGUGCGUGUACCACUACUGAUUGUGGUUACACUG